AUGACUCGUGAGGAAUUAGAAGAGAAUAUCGGUGAAGAAGACAUCACAUUGGAUCAGAUGAGGGAAACGCUCCUUCUUGAAAUGGAACGAGAUAGGAAUCUAGCGGAGCAGCAUGCCCGAUUGACGAGGGAAAAUGCCAGGUUAAUGCUGCAGAAUCGUCAACUGAACGAAGAAGCGGCAGCUGACUCCACGGAUUCGGAGGUAAACAUGAUAUCAUCAAGAGAAGAAGAGUUACGACGAAGGAGAUACACCCACAAGGGCGACAGAGGAGAGCGAAGAAGGAAGCGGCGAAGAGAAAACAGUGAAGUGAUAAGACUAAGAAGAUCAUUGGAAAUAUCAAGCUGGGGAGAUCAAAGGAGAAGAUAUGAAGAAGAGCAGAAUCAUGAGGAAAAUGAGAGGAGAAGAGAAGAUGAAAGACAGCUCAAAUUCAACCAGAAGGAUGAGGAAGAAAGGAGACGUGGAGAAGUCUUGGAUGAGCUGCGAGAUAUGAGAACACUGAUAAAAAAUUCGCGAAGAGGCAGCAGAGUGCAUCUGGAGGAGGCAAUAGAAGAGGCCGAUAAAUCUCCGUUUACCUAUGAGAUAAUGUACGUGGACAUCCCAGAGAAAUGCGUGCUACCAACGCUACCAAGCAUAUUCAGCGGAUCUGAGAGUGUUGUACAACACUUGAAACAAUACACCUUUUCAUUGAUGCAAUGA